GUCGGAUUUGAAUAAGGAAGAUGGCGGCUGCAGCAGUGGUCGAGUUUCAGAGAGCUCAGUCUCUCGUCAGCACGGAUCGCAAUGCCUCUAUCGAUAUCCUUCAUUCUAUAGUGAGACGAGAUGUCCAAGAGGACGAUGAGGAAGCUGUCAGGGUUAAAGAACAGAGCAUCCUGGAGCUGGGGACACUCCUGGCAAAGACGGGCCAAGCAGCAGAAUUAGGAGGCCUGCUGAAAUUCGUGAGGCCUUUUCUGAUUUCCAUCAGCAAGGCCAAAGCAGCUCGGCUGGUCCGCUCUCUGCUCGACCUCUUCCUUGACAUGGAGGCGGCCACGGGGCAGGAGGUGGAGCUGUGUCUUGAGUGCAUUGAAUGGGCAAAGACAGAGAAGAGGACGUUCCUACGACAGGCUCUGGAAGCUCGACUGAUCUCACUCUAUUUUGAUACCAAACGAUACCAGGAGGCCUUGGCUCUUGGCACACAGCUGCUCCAGGAGCUGAAAAAGAUGGAUGACAAAGCUCUUUUGGUGGAGGUUCAGCUGCUUGAAAGUAAGACGUACCAUGCUCUCAGUAACCUGCCCAAGGCCCGUGCCGCCCUCACCUCGGCCAGAACAACCGCCAACGCCAUUUACUGUCCUCCAAAGCUUCAAGCUGCCCUGGACAUGCAGUCAGGAAUCAUCCAUGCAGCAGAGGAGAAAGACUGGAAGACGGCUUAUUCCUACUUCUUUGAGGCCUUCGAGGGUUACGACUCCAUCGACAGUCCCAAAGCCAUUACAGCGCUGAAAUACAUGCUUCUGUGCAAAAUCGUGCUCAACUUACCAGAGGAAGUCCAAGCCCUGAUCAGCGGGAAGUUGGCACUGCGAUAUGCCGGCCGACAGACGGAUGCACUGAAAUGUGUUGCCCAGGCCAGCAAGAACAGAUCAUUAGCAGACUUUGAGAAGGCCCUCACAGAGUACAAAGCAGAGUUGAGGGACGAUCCGAUUAUUAACACUCACCUGGCCAAGCUGUACGACAGCCUGCUGGAACAAAACCUGAUCCGAGUCAUCGAACCGUUUUCCAGAGUACAGAUAGAACACAUAUCGGGUCUUAUCAAACUAUCAAAGGGUGAUGUUGAGAGGAAAUUAUCACAGAUGAUUCUGGACAAAAAGUUUCAUGGAAUCCUCGACCAGGGUGAAGGUGUCCUGAUCAUAUUCGAAGAGCCUCCCGUGGACAAAACAUACGAAGCAGCCUUGGAAACCAUUCAGAACAUGAGCAAAGUUGUGGACUCGCUUUACAACAAAGCCAAGAAGCUAACAUAGAGCUGAUUGCUGUGACAGUGAAAUGGAGGAAAUGUGUGUGUUUUGACCAGCGUGUGUAUUGUUUUUAAAGACAGGGACAAGGGAGAACAACACGUCCCACCAACUGCAACAGGAUCUCUCAUCCUCCUCCCCACUUAAUGGACAGUUUCAUAACUUCUUGUUUGUUUCUUCUCCUCUUUGAUUUUGAUAUCUCUUCAGGAUUCUGUAUAACACUCAGCGGCCACAACAGGCCAUCAGGGAAUAUUGUAAAACCACAAUUUAAAAAGAAAAAAAUAAUAAAAGGUUUAAGAAUACAUAUAUGUUUAUAUCUGCUGUAAGGUUGGGCCCACCGAGCCUUAAGCUGACUCCACUGCAACCUCAAAGGUGCAACAUCGACCUCUGUGGCUUCAGACUCUGCUACCUGCUGCGUUUGCAGAACUGAGGCAUUCUUCUUGUCCAUAUCUCGCAAAAGCACAGUUCAGUUUUUGAAGGUUUGGGAUACUCUAGGAAUACUGAUUUUUAUUUUUUUUUUUUUAAUUAUUUUUGUCCAAGAGCUCCCUCUAGCUCUAAUUUUCUUUCCCUUCACCAUGUCAAUGCCAACAGUUAAGUCCCCACUGUAUUUCAGAUAUGUAAUAAACACUUAUUUGUU